GGGGACUUUAGGACGCUGAUAAAUGUCGCGCUCCUUAGCAUCUUUGCUUCCAAGCUGUGUUUGAUUUUUGCACUUAUCAGGAGCGAUUUACCUCGAUUAUUGCUUCGGAUGGUGGUGCGUCAGAGUGGCCAGAUUACCUGGUAUAGAUCUAGAAGCAUUUGCUUCAGCGGUCGGUGAACGCUUAGAGGGUGUUGUCAGGGCCACGACGCUUUUAACGGCGAGACCGAGACUAUUUCCGUGAACGGCCUAAUCGACUGCACGUGGUACACCAUGGAGUUGGUGAGAGAUUUCGGGGAUCCACACGUUCUAACUCUCGCCGAAGAUCACAUCGUUCUCAAACUAGAACUUCCCUGGCCCCGGGAUGUUGAGCUUCCACAAGGAAUCUCACUCGCCGACGACGAAGGCCUCCUCCUUGUCGGGAACCGAGAAUCUCUUGUUUCGGUGAGGCAGAGCACAUUGACACGGGUGGCAAGGAUCUCUAAAGCCCUGUUCUGUGGUUGUGCGUCUUUCGACUCCUGGGAUCGCUACGCCAGCGCUGCCAUGAAUCUGCUGCGGGACGCCGAGGAGAUAUGCAUCGUGCACAACAGGGACAAGGUGCACAAGCUGGUUCGAUUGUUCCCUAACGUCAAGGUUCUGGCUCUGCUACACGAUCUCUGCGAGCACUAUGUGGAGUUGGACGAGCCGUGCAGAGACCUGUUCGCGCCGCUAGUGGAAGGAAGCCAACUGAGGAAGCUAGUGUGUAGUGCGAGCAACCUAUACGAUGGCUACCUGGUUAUGAGUCACGAAACGACGCUGGCGCUCUUGCGCACUUGCCCAGACAUGAGCCGCAUCGACUCACCAUGGGUUAUGCAAUGCUUCACGGGGCCACGCAGCUUACCUAUCUCGUUGGAACGGUCGAAAGCAACGAAUAUCACCCAUCUCCUACUCUCCUCUUGGAAGCGAGUGUCAACUGAUUGGCUACCGGCUCCAGUGACAGCGGGUGACAUGACACUUGCUGCAAAAACAUUUCCCGCCGUCGAAACGCUUCAGGUUUACGUGCGCUCAGCGGAAGCACUUUCCAGGAUCUCGGCCUUCCGAAAUCUACGCAGCCUUACGCUGAAGUUCAAUGAAGGUGGAACCCCUGAAGGCAUGGAUUUGGGCAUAAAACAUUUUCCGGAUCUUGAAGAACUGACAAUGGAGGGUUGUGAUGGUGUGAUGCUCUCCAAAAUCGCGGAGCGGUGUCCGCAAAUCAAGAUCUUGAGGCUACUAGAUUGCACAGGGUCCACAGAGGAUGUCAGAUUAGACGUCCGUGCAUUCUCUAAUCUGGAAAGCGUGACGCUUCGUAUGUGGAUGUUGCAGGACACUUUCGCCUCAUUUCUCUCUGCCACCCACAAAACGCUUCGCACGGCAUGGUUCGGUGACAGUAGCUUAUGCGUCGAGUUCCUCCUCCACAGCGUCCAAUACGGCCAACGACUACCAUUUUCACGCCUUGAACACCUGGGCUUGUGCACGAAAUCAACACUACGGGAAAUGGAACUGGAGCCUAGAGAGCUCCAUCACGUGCUCAAGGCUUUGCCUGUAAUCCGACACCUCGAGACGGACAGCUACGACUUACGCCUGUUCUUCGAGAACUACUGCGUUCCACGUGGUCAGUUGUGUUUAUCCUGGACAGGGUGCGUCUCUUGUGAGGUAUAUAAUCCAGAACUAGCCAGAAGGUUUCAUUAAUUUAUGACCCAUGUCAGCGACAUUCUAUCCAAGUGAGUAAAUAUAACUAUAUUCAGUGUUUAUCUCCAGCCUUCCACAUAUAUCUCGCUUUCUG